AUGCCUUUGAUUACACCUCCAAGCUCGUACCCAUCUAUUUAUCAAACAAGAGCAAAAAGAUGGGUAAGUAAAACAGAUGAAGAAAAAGAAUUAGAAUAUCUUGAAUAUAAACUUCAAAAAGCUAUUAAAUCUUAUAGAGAAGCUGUUAGACGUACAGAUGCAGCUAUACUUAGGUUAAGACUUUUGGAACAUGAUAGACGUGAUUUGGAAAGACUAGAAAGAGAGAGGGAAGAACAAUGGAGGAUGGAAGAAGAAUAUGCGAAUGAUAGAAAUAUGCAACUAGAAAUCCAAAGACUUAUGGAACAAAGAGAAAUAGACCUUUCAAGAGGUAAUCCAAUGAAUUUUAGAGAAGAAAUGAACCAACAAAGACAUCCAGAUGAUGAAUUUUAUGAUCGUGAUCUUGAACAACAAGAUCAUAAUCUUCAACAACAUGGUAGCGGAGGUGAUCAUCAACUUAGAUCUGAGCAAGAAAGAAUUAAUAGAAUCAAUCAAAAUAUCGCUAAUGAAGUUAGAGAUCAAAGACACUCACAAGGCUAUGAUGAUCAUGGUUCACAUCAUCAUAGAUCUCAACAAGAUAGGAUUGAUGAUAAUAGAAGGAAUUCAAAUAUAAGAUCUGAACAAGAAAGAAUUAAUAGAAUCAAUCAAAAUAUUGAUAAUAAUCUUAGAGAUCAAAAGCAAGGAUUUGAUGAUCGUGAUUCACGUCAUCAUACCAAAUCCGAACAAGAAAGAAUUGAUAGAAUUAAACAAAAUAUUGAUGAGAAUCUUAGAGAUCAAAGUUCACGUCAAAGAGGUUGUUCUCGUUCUCCUUCUUGUUGUAGGGUUGGUAACAACAAUUGA